AGAGAACAUAGAAACACUUAUAUGUGGUCCCAGUUCCCAGUACCCCUUAGUAUAAGUUAGUGGGGAAAGAAACCAAAGUUGAGUAAGAAAAAAAUUCGUAAUACGACCCAUUAAGCUUGGUAUUUGGAUGAAUUUGUGUAAAUAUACUUAUGUACCGAAGAUGAGAGUCUUGUCCCGUGGUCUAAAUUCCUAUACAUAAGCUCGCGACUUUGGGGUUAUGUUGAUUGCAAGCAGAAAGAUCUUUAUGAAUAAAAGUACUUUGUAAAAUGAGUGGGAAAGGAAGUCACAUUUCAAGGGCAGACAGCUCAACGGAAAAAAAAUAUCGCAAGAGAAAGGCGACCUCCUUAGAAUCAAAUUCUCUGUCUAGUAGAAGCAAAGAUUCAGUGUCACCCAAGCGUAGGAAUCAUUCGGGUGAUAAAAGAGCUGGAAGAAGUAGCCUAAAUACUAGUUAUGACAGAAGGCGAACUUUUCAAAAUGAAGAUAACAAUUACCGUGGAAAUGACAACAGACAGAUGCAGCAAAGGAAUCAGAAUAACAGAUUUCAACAAAACAGGAACUUUAAUAAUCAGAGGAUGAAUAAUAAUAGGUUUGACAAUAGGAAUGACAGAAAUAAUCCUCAGUACAGAGACAAUCAGUAUAAUCAAAGAGGAUUUGUUGACAGAAAUAGAAUGUCUAACAACAAUAACAGAAAUUGGAAUCAAAACAAUGAAAACAGAAGAUUUCAAAACCAAAAAUCUCAAGGAAAUUGGAACAGUAGAAAUAACCAAGGAAAUUACAAUAGACAACCUCAGGAGAGAUCUGCUAACACUGGAAAUAGAUAUAACACUGGCGAAAGGUAUUGGAAGCAGAGUACUUCGAGCGAAAGCUACACUCAAAAUCGUAGUCAAACAAGAAGUUCAGAUUCCGGAAGAUCAAGAGAAGUAAAACAUUCGAAAGAAGACAGAUACUAUGACGAAAAAACCAGGCGUGACAGAUCGUCUACGGAAUCAUCGCCAGAGCCGGCACCUAAGCAGGCACCAAAGUUGGCAGUAAAGCUGGUAUCAAAGCCGGUACCAAAGCCAGCGCCAAAGCUGGUACCAAAGUUGGUGCCAAAACCGGUGCUAAAGCCAGUCAAACAAGAAAGAAUUGAACUACCUGGAAGUAAAGUUGAAAAAUCUGUUACUGUAAAGAAAAAGUCAAAGAAGAGAUCCCAAUCAUCAUCAUCAUCCUCCUCAUCUUCUUCGUCUUCAAGCUCAACUAGUGAUAGUAGUGAUUCCAAUGAUUCUAGCGAUGAAUCCAGCACAAGUACAAGCUCUGAAGAAGAAAAGAAAAAGAAAAGAAAGAAGAAAUUGGCUAAGAAAUUAAAGAAGAAAGAAAAGAAAAAAAGGAAGAAAAAGAAAAAGAAGCUAAAAAAGAAGCUUGGAAAAAAACUUAAAAAUUCUACUGUUCCAGAAGAAAAAAAAAUUUCUAUUAAAAUUGAAGCAGAUGAGGAUAGAUUGCUCAAAGAUAUCAAGUUGGAAAAGUCAAUGAGGGCAAAAGCAAUGGCUCCUAUAUCUAAAAAGGAGUGGGAAAAACGUCAAACUAUUAUUAGAAAAAUUUACGACGAAGCUUCUGGUCGCCAUAGAUUAAUAAGAGGUGACGGUGAGAUUAUCGAAGAAAUUGUGAGUCGAGAACGCCAUCAACAAAUCAAUAAUCAAGCAACAAGAAGUGAUGGGGAGUAUUUUCAGUCACAGUUAAGAAGAAAGUGAAUCUGUCAGUCUAUUAUACAUUUAAGAAUCAGUUUCUAUCACUAUUUACUCAAUUUUUAGGAUUUUAUUGUCAUUUAUUGGUACAAUUUGAAUCUUUGAUGAUUGGAAUAGAGUGAAAAAGCAAUAUUAUUGUACAGGCAUGAAUUUAUUUCAAAAACAUACCAUACUUUAUAAAAAUUUUAAUAAACGUUUAUUUUUUAUUGUCUAAAAACUAUCCUUUUUGUACACUUUAUUAACAGCUACGUUUAUCAUGCAAAACAUUAUUGUAAACAAAAGUAAAAUUUGCAAAAUUUAAAUAAGAAAAAUUAUAAAUCUGAUAACAAAAAUAAACUUAAUGAUUAGCAUGUAAGUGUAUAACGACGGCAAUAAGAACUCUUUACAAAUUUCUUGUUUUAUGUUAACUAUGUACAAAUAUUAUACACGACUUGUCUUUUGAGGUUUAAAAUUAAAGUAGAUGACAAAAAAAUUUACAACCUAUUUGCUGAAGUAGUAAGUACUUUCUUCAUAUUAGUUAAUCUAAUUGCAUAUCGAUUUAAAUAUUAUAGAUUUUUCUUAUU